UGAGAACAAAACAAAACUUAUCUGUAUUAAUACAUCAUCAAGAAGUGCUCCACCCCUUGAACUGUACAAAGUUUCAAAAUGAACGAUCAUGUUUUGAUGACUAUCUCAUUUUCGUCUUAUGAUGCAGUUCAGGUAAAUUGAAAACCGCUUUGUUGCAGCUGUGGUGUUUUGAAAGACUCCUUUGGGAUUUAUUUGAUGCCUUCAUCUGUUUCUUUUUAAAUGUGCUGAGCUCUUGAUCCAGCUAAACAAGAACAAAUCUCAGCUUGAAGACCAACAAUUCGUCUAACAGCUCUAUUUUCAUUUUGCCUGUCAAUCUGCACUUUUGUAAAGCAAAUCUCAACAAUUGCAGCUUUGGACACGGAAAAUCAGUUCUGAAGGCAACGUGUUUGAACAUAGAAAAAAUCUUGCUCGGAAAAGUAAAUAUAGUACAGUAUCCAUCAGUUCUUGAACUCUUUGGAUUUGGUAACUAUGUCAGCGCUGUAUUCUAGGAAUAAGGAUCUGAUGAGGAACAAGAAACCGCAGCAAGAGACACCACCUUGUUCACCUUCACCCACAAGCAAGACAUUCAGACAUGAUCGAAUCAGCAGGUUGGAUUCAGGAUCAUCAAAUUCCUCAUCAGCUGACAGUUACAGUGAUCGUUUGUUAAGUCGAACCAGUUCGUACACACGCAGGGAGAAUCGAUUGUCAUCCCUUAGUAAAGUAGAACAGGAAGACAGUGUAAAGGAUUACAAGAAGUUAUAUGAAGAGGCCUUGACUGAAAAUGAGAAACUUAAAGCCAAACUGCAGGAGGCACAGCUGGAGCUCACUGAAGUAAAAACACAGCUGGAGAAAGCUACACAGAAACAAGACCGGAUUUCUGAUAAGUCUUCAAUGCUGGAGAUGGAAAAAAGGGAAAAACGUGCUUUGGAAAGGAAGGUUUCUGAAAUGGAGGAAGAGCUAAAGGUAUGAUUGUUGUUUUAUUUC